AUGUCGUCCAUCCCUUCCAAAAAGCUUUUUGUAUUCGGUCUUGGCUAUUCUGCGUCCCGAGCAGCUCAUGCUUUCCAUUCUAUUGGGUAUCAAGUAUCUGGUACAGUUCGAUCGGUAGAUACUGCGACGAAAUUGUCUCAAUCCAAUGCCGACUUGUUCCGAUACGAGUCAUCUGCUAUUCAUUCACAAAACGUGUUCCUCUUUGAUGGAAAUACAUGGAGCACUUCCAAUUCGUUAUCACUUGAAGAAGCGCUGCAUGGGGUGACUCACAUACUCGUUUCAGUACCGGCAGGAUUUUGGGAAGGUCAGGAGGAUCCCGUUUUGGGAGCUCUGAAAGAACCGCUCAUUCGCGCCACGAAAGACUCGAUUCAGUGGGUUGGUUAUUUGUCAACCAUUGGUGUCUACGGAGAAACGAAUGGUGUAGAAGUAGAUGAAUCGGCUCCAGUCGGAUCUUCAGUGACUAGAUGUCAAAUGCGGAUCAAAGCCGAGCGUCUGUGGUUAGAUUCGGGUCUACCGACUCACAUUUUCCGAAUUGCUGGGAUCUAUGGCCCUGGCCGAGGUACACUUACGAGGGUUCGAAGCGGGACGGCGUCACGGAUUUACAUUCCAGGUCGAAAGUUUAAUCGCAUUCAUGUCGAUGAUAUUGUCAAUAUUCUGCUAGCGUCAGCAGCUCGGCCGAAUCCUGGUGGAAUCUAUAACAUGUGCGACGAUGAACCGGCCCCAUCGGAUGAAGUCACGGCUUAUGCUUGUGAGUUGUUGGGUGUACAGGUACCACUCAGACAAACGUGGGAAGAAGCGGAGCAAAGGAUGAGUGCCAUUGCAAAGAGUUUUUAUGCGGAGAGCAAGAUCUGCGCCAAUCGUCGAAUCAAGGAAGAGCUAGGAGUGCAACUCAUCUAUCCAACUUACCGUGAAGGCUUUCUAGCCCAAGUACUGGAAGAAGACAAGAUAGUACGACAUGAUGUUCUGUCCUUGAUUGCCGCUAGUAAAGCUCGCCCGCGAUUGGUUGUGCUGGUGAACGUUGGACCGCUGCAGGCUAAGGCGUACCUUGAUCUACGUCAGAUUAGCUUUCGGCUGAGUCGGUCUCUCUGCCAGCCUGUUGUACCUUGUAGCUUUCGAUUUUCGAAUCGCAUUGACCCUUGCGAGCUGAAUUCGCUCCAAGCCAAGACAUUUGAAAUGGUGCUGACUGACCACCUUGCUGCUCGUGGAGAGAAUGCCAGUGAAGUUGUUGUGCUGCCGUUAUUCAUUGGAAAGACUCGUACAUUGACCGAAUAUCUGCCAGCAACCAUCGACAAAGUUUGGGCAACAUUGACACCAUCGCCCUCAGCGCCACUCCUUGUUCGUGUCGGUGGUUGCCUUGUAGAUCAAGAGAAUGCAGACGACCCUCGGGUCGCUCAAAUUCUAUUAGAGCGUAUUGAAGAUGCAUUGGACUUGAAGAAGGUAAAUGAGGUCGUGACAGUUCUGGUUGUGGACCAUGGCACACUGAAUCGAGACGUUUACGAUUCCCGAGAAUUUGUCGUCAAGAAAUUGCGUCUUCUUUUGCAGAAAUAUGAGUGCGUCAAAUUUGUUGGUACCGCGAGCAUGGAGCGUCGUGAAGGUGCAGAAUAUGAUGAUUGCCAUGAUCCACUACUGGCUCAAGCUCUUGCCCAUCACACCAUGAAGAACAGUAUUGUUGUCUGUGCUACAAUGUUUCUUUCUACUGACGACCAUACUGGAGAGAACAACAACAUUGAUGAGAUUAUCAAAGAUGUCAAAGCGCGACACCCGGACGUGGACGUGCGUGUCACAGAAGCACUUGGAACGCAUAAACUACUGUCUGAGAUAAUGCACGACCGCUACAGUGCUGUCAUAUCCAAAGGAAUCUCUGACUACAUGUUACCUAAAAGCAAGUAA